GCUCUCGGAUCUCUUUGAUGGCGUCGUCGGCGAAGCUAACAGCAUCUCGAUCUCCGUCUCCGACUCGGACUCCGACGAGUCGGCGGGAAGGAAGGGUGGCCGAUUCCGCCGGAAGCGCAGGGACCGGCGGUGGCGUGGGAAAGAUGAGCUAUUCCGACGAACACUUCGACGGGCUAUGAGAUGGUGGCCGUUGCUGCUCUUCAUUCCGGCGAUUUCUCUUCUCUUCUUCGAGGCCUCUAGGCUCUCCGUGAAGCCCAAGGUGGAGGUUAGCUCGACGCAUAGGCUAGUCACGGGCGGAGGCCGGUGGCAACCUCAACCGGGUGAAUCCGAUGACCAGAGUCGUCAAUGGAGUCAGAGUGGACUAAAUUUUCCAUUUACCAGCUUGUUUGGCAAUUCUUCCUCCUGAAAAAAUUCAACACCUAGAGUUCCCUCAGUCCUCAGAACAUGAUUUUCAUGUGAAGAAGGUGGUAUAUAAAUCAGAUCCUGAUUUAUCUGAGAGUAGAGGCAAUACCGCAAUGCUACCAGCUUAUUUUGGAGGCACAAGAUUCAAUUUAUUCACUGGAAACCAAACUUUUUAUGAGAGAGAAGAAAGUUUUAAGGUAAAUGAAACUGCUGUGGUGCAUUGUGGUUUCUACAGUGAAAAAGGAGGGUUCAAGUUAUCUGAUGACGACAAAAAGUACAUGCAAGGCUGCCAAGUGGUUGUUUCUACGUGUUCAUUUGGUGGAGGAGAUGAUCUCUAUCAACCGAUUGGGAUGACAAAGGCAUCACUGGAGAAGGUCUGCUAUGUGGCAUUCUGGGAUGAAAUCACUCUUGCAGCUCAAGAAGCGGAGGGAAACAUUAUUGGAGAUGAUCAUUUGAUUGGUAAAUGGCGAAUCGUGGUUGUUGAGGAUCUUCCUUUCUCAGAUCAAAGGCUGAAUGGUAAAAUCCCCAAGAUGUUGAGUCACCGUCUUUUUCCUCGAGCAAGGUAUUCCAUAUGGAUAGAUUCAAAAUCUCAGUUCCGGCGAGAUCCACUAGGAGUUCUUGAAGCGCUUCUUUGGCGUACAAAUUCCAUCCUUGCCAUUUCUGAACAUGGAGCAAGAAGUAGCAUAUAUGACGAGGGAAAGGCUGUCGUCAAGAAAAACAAAGCAACUCCAGAAGAAGUAGAAAUACAGCUGAAUCAAUACCGAUUAGACGGCAUGCCCGACCAGAAAAGAUUCAAGGGAAAGAAAGCUUUGGCUGAAGCUUCCAUCAUUGUGAGGGAACACACACCAUCGACGAAUCUUCUCAUGUGUCUUUGGUUCAACGAAGUAGUUCGGUUCACCUCACGAGAUCAACUCAGCUUCCCUUAUGUUCUCCGCCGUCUGGACGUGCCCGGAAUCAAUAUGUUUCCAGUGUGCGCUCGCAAAGAUCUUGUUAAUAGUAUGGGACAUAAGCGAAAAGUGAAGCCUCUUGUAAGAUCAACCAUUUGAAGGUUGAAGCUCUCUUGUAUAAUUUACACUCUUUGAUUCAUUUGCAGGUGCUUGUUUGAUGUAA